CUGUCCCAGAAUGCAGUCUGGUAAACAGACAUGGAAGCACCAGGUGAAGACCUCCACAGAGGCUGAGCACUGCACUCGCUCUUUCCCACCGUCUUCUGUCUCCUUCGCCCUGUUCAUCCAGUUGAUAUACACCCGCCUGGUGUCACGUUUACGUCUACAGCACCGAGAGCCUCGACUUCCGCUCCAGUGUGUGUGGCGGCUAACGAUCACCAAAACUGAUGAGGAUCGGUUGAUUGAGUUCAAAUUAACUUCAUUUUUUUCUUAUUUUGCCAAGCGGAAAGAAUGUCGGAAAGGGCCGAGGAUGACGUCAGGGGGGAGCUGCGCCGAGCGGCCAGGCAGCAGCUGAAGCAGCAGCAGCAGCAGCAGCAGAUCCAGCGGGGAGAAGGCUCCACAGCAAUGGCGACCGUUGCGGAGCGGAGAUCCUUGCCUAGUCCAGAAAUCAUGCUGGGACAGCCUUGGAGCAACUGGGUCGACGCCGCCAAACUCAACGGCAACGACGGUGGCGAAUCGGAGGAAAGUUUGAAAGACUUGGGGAAAAAUCGUGAAGCCAUGCGUUUGUGCAGAGAAGACAUGCCCAUCUUCGGCCAAUACCCCGCACAGGACGACUUUUACCUGGUGAUGUGCAACCACUGCGGCCAGGUGGUCAAGCCCCAGGCCUUCCAAGCACACUAUGAGAGAAGACACAGUUCGGCCAUCAAGCCAGCCUCCACCUCCCCCUUCCCCGUGGCGGGCAGGAACAGAGCCACCGGCAGCGGGCUCGGUCCUGGGCCUGUAGCUGGACUGGCAAGCGGAGGCGCCCUUAGCCGAUCUUCCACCGCUGGAUCUUCAGCAGCAUCCUCCUCCAAUCCCCAUCUCCCCAAACCAGCCAAAGAGCUGCCAGGCUUUCAGCGAAGAACUCCCUUUGCACCCUUCAGGACACCCCAGCAGGACAAGAUCCUUACUCCGGCUGUCAAGGUGGAGAAGAUGCAUCUAAGGGUGGACUCGUCAGCUAGGCUGGUGCAGGCCCCAUCUGCCCCAGCCACCACCUCAUCCCCCUCUACAUCCUCCUCUAGCACCACUGUGAGCUCCAACACUACCACCAUCCCCCCCUCCUCAUCCUCAGCCCUUAAACCAGGCCUUAACUGUCCCUCCAUACCAAAGCCUCCAUUACUGGCCCCGGGUCCGAUUGCCAACGGCAAAGGCCACCUGUCAGUCCUCUCAGACAAGAAGCAGGACAGCAGUGCCAGUAGCAGACGCCACCUAAACAAGAAAUUAACAGAACGGGAGUUCAAUGCAGAUAUGCACUGUGGCGUUGUGGAUAUGACCGCACGAAAACCAUGCACAAGAUCCCUCACAUGCAAGACACAUUCCUUAAGCCAGCGGAGGGCGGUGCCAGGGCGGAGGAAGCGCUUUGAUACAUUGCUGGCAGAGCACAAGAACAGAACAAGGGAGCGGGAGAAGGAGAGAGACCUCCACCAACCCCAUUCCCAGCAAAACACCUCUCUCAGGGACCCACACCCCUCCUCCCACCCCACCGCUGCCCAUGACGCCCAAAAGGUUGCUCAUGGCAACGGCCCUGCCCCAGACGCCACUAAGCCUUUGCCGCUCUGCAAGUCCAAAUUUCUCACCCCUGGUCUUCCACGACUAACCAGCAGUCACGGAGGUGGUACCCCCGGAGAUCCUGCAGUAGUCCACGAGUCCCCGCACCACGCCCAUACUACCCCCGAUGGGUUUUCCCGCCCCUCCAGUGAUGAGGGAGAGAACGAGGAGCGGGAGGACAGCUCUGACAAACUGGACUGUCACUAUUCAGGUUAUCACCCUCGGCCGGCAGCUUACUGUUCAUUUAGAAGUCGACUGUUUGGGAGAGGUUGCUACUCCUUCGACAGGCGGUGGGACAAAGUGCGAUGUGCCCUAACCACAAUGACGGACAAACACGUCAACUCUCAGAUGUGGAAGAAAAUCCCCUUGGCCUUGGAGAACUCCUCCUCCGUUGCACCUUCCCACAGGACAAGCACAAAUUCCCACGGUAGCACUCCUUCUUCAGGCUUCCUGGGCCCCCCUGCCACCUUGCCCCAAACUCCUUAUAGCCAAUCGUACGAGGGCAAGUCCGUGCUCUCAUAUGGGACCACCUUAAAUGCCCGCAGCUCUCCACAGGGCGGGGCUGAGCACCCGGCCUACGGCAUUACGCAGGCCCGACAAGUGUCUUCGUCGCCGCAGAUGCCUUCAGCCCCCUUGUCCGCCUCCUCCUCCUCCUCUUCAGCUCCCUCCCUAGCCUCAGGCCGAGCACUGAAGUCCCGUUCCUCCAGCAGCAACACUACCAAGUCGUCGUCGUCGUCGUCCUACAGGCCCAAGGAGAUCUCCUCUGGCUCCUCUACACCCUUCAUCCCCAACUCCAUUGGUGGGGGCGGCAGUGGAGCCGGCAGUAACAGUAGCAACACAAGCUUCAGCUCGGGGAAGAAGAGGAAGAACAACUCUAUUCUGUCUUCAUCCCACGGCCCCUCUGAAUCCUCCUCUUCUAACGCCAUCUACUCUUCCUCCUCCUCUUUCAAGAAGAACUGUGCGAAUGUCGGCAGCUCAGGGAGCACCUACCACCAUGGCUCAUUAGGUCCUUCAUCCUCAUUAUCUUCCUCCCACAGCGGAGUCCACAGCGUGGGGCUCAACUGUGGUCCCACUGUGCGGACUAACUCGCUCAGCCUCAAGGCCGAGCCCACUGGAGGUUCGGCGGGCGGCUCCUCGGGGCCUCCAGCGCGUGGUCCUCCCUCGGGCAGCCCUGCAGAAUCCAUCAAGCGCAUGAGCGUAGUGAUGAACAGCAGUGACUCCACGCUGUCCCUGGGGCCCUUUGUCCACCACCAGUCCUUGUCCUCAUCUGACCACCACACCAACUUCAGCCACCACUCCGCCGAUGGGCGUCUGGAGGGCAAGAAGCGCAAGAGCUCCCCUGCCUCCAGCGGUAUUAAUAGUGGUGGGGCAGGGGGGGUGGGACCUGGACCCGGGAGACCCAAAGUGGCCAAGUCACCGGCCAUUAACAACAUCCAUGGGAAGCAUGGGCGAAGUAUACCAGGGACGCCAGGUUUACCAAACAACUCCCAUUUACAUCAGCCAAAGGCUCGUCCCUGACAGUGGUGUGCAGCUGUGUAAGGAACCGACGGACAGGAGCGGUCCGAAGCAGUCCGCACACUGCUCUGGACUUCACAAGGCCUUCUAAAAUCAAACCCACAUUACUCUCAGCUUCCCACAAUCCUCAGGGUGGAGAUGAUCCGGACUGCCCAGUGAAGUCGAUGUGGUCCUUACUAUUUCUCCCAAAGCCAUGUUUGUGUGUGUGUGUGUGUGUGUGUGUUUGGGAAGGGGUGCAGUGGCACUGUAUGCGUAGCGUGGAGCGCCAGGGGUCUGAUAAGCGAGCCAAGGACCCCCCCCCCCACGUGUUGUCCCAGUCUUCUGAGAGGUCUUCCUGUCUUGAAGUAGGACAACAAUAGCAGCGGUCUCUUGAACUGCUGAUUGGCUUCAGGUUAAGGGCUGCUGGGACGAUGACACUGAGCACACAGGGAGACAACAAGCCGAUCUCUUCCGUGUCUGUCAGAGUGUGCGAAUGCGCGUGCCUGUGAGAGAAUGUUUCUCAUGUCCGAUUCUGCUGGACUACUGGAAUUCCCAACUUAAUUACACCCCCAGCGCCUGAUCUCAGAAGCCUUGGAACGAGAGCAGCAGCAGCAAACUGUUACUUGCGAAACCUUAAACAACAUACAAUCACCUUGUUGUUUCACUUCACAUUAGUUUGACUCUCUGGCGACAUGUUUGAGUAGCUUGGAGUUCCACGCCAGCAGCCUGAGAGGAGCCCGUAGGGACGAUCUGGUCAAUUCUUUUAUUACCCAGAAUAAUUAUGCAAGUGUUACCUUUUUAUGAUUUCUUAUGAGCUUUUUACACUGAACUACAAAGAGUCUUUGUGGAUGUGGUAAAGACAGCUGUGCUUUCAAAUGUGAAAAGGACGCCCCAUGUGCCCAUUGGCUUAAAUCUUUUGUCAGAGAGAUAACUUCACCUUGAGGACGCCUGUUAACUUUUCCUUGUUCAAAACGAAUGGCCACAGUAGACCUACCCCCAACUGUGAACAAAACUAAAGAACUACUUCCGCGUCACAAAGCUAGCCAAAAGCCGCUAACGGCUUUGCCAACUGCUUCUUUUUCUUUUUUCUUUCUCCUAAACGGAAAGGUGGGCAGUCUUGCUCAUGAAGCUUUCAUGGUGCGUUGCCUGUGUGGAUAUGAAGAAGAUCUGUGCAAACCUUGAUGUUAUUGCCAUAACUUACCUACUUUUGCCCAUUCGGCUGCAUGGAAUCCACAGCUGUUGUUGGGGGGAGGGGGGGGGGGGCAGAUGUGAACUGUAAUGUUACUUUUCCUACAUAGGAAAUCAGGUAUGGUACGUCUUAACUGGAGCAAACUUUAUGCACGUCGCCUGUCUUCUGUGGGUUUGAUUAGCCCGCCCGUGUGUAACCACCACUAGCCGAGCGACACUAUGGUGGUGUCUGUGGAGAAAGGGUUUGUCGCGGCAGAACGGGACAACCAGGCAUUAUGCUCUAUUCCUUUGUCAAAAUGGAGUCUUAAAUCAGGCAAUACUUGUCUGGAUGUUUGCUUAUUUCCAGCGGCUGCGUGGGUUUAAUGGUGCGAGAUUCAUGGAGAUGGCUUCACCGGACAUGAACGCUUUUGGCAACACCUGUUCAUGUAACCUCCAGUGAUGUCAUCGUGGAAAAGUAGAGGACAAUUUUUUUUGUAGCCUAAUGUAUCAAGCAAGUAUUGGAGUAUCCCUAUUUGAGAAUAAAUAUUUUGUUAAAUAGUACAUAUUGAAAUAUGUAUUUUUGCACAGGCUUUUUUUGUACACGCAGAAUUUUUGGUACAACUUUUUUUUUUUUUAAUUAAUGAAAGAAAAAAAAUUAUUUAUUUAGGACAAGUCGGAGAACUUGAUUAUUUGAAGUGGUUCACUGCCAGGUCUAUAGAAUGCAAUAUGCCUAUAUGUAGAAGCUGAAGCAUCUCAUGAAUCAUGUACGGAGGAGAUCCUUAGAGUAUCCGAGCUGACGUGUUGCCAUGUGUCUGUAUGACAGGAUACCUUCAUUCACUUCUCAAGGUGUCAAUCACAUGUGCUUUCACAAGAUAUUUUUGCGUUGCCUCUAAAUCAACAAAAAAGUCAGUGUAUGACCCAACUAGCCUGUGGUUCUGAAGGCUUGAAGCUGUCCAACCAGUUUCAAUUAACCUUUCAGUCGAACACUCUGUAGACCUUAAACACAUUUCACGAUUGAAAUACUUGCGUUCUUUUAUGAAGGCUGAAAGGACUCAUUCAAGGAAGGGGAACAAACAAACAGUCCGACUGCUUGCGUCAUCGUUGCCAAACAAGUCAUUUCAAUCACCGCUUUUAAAGAAAUAGUUUGCAGCUUUUAAAUGAAAUUAAGAAAGUGCCUGAAUUUGUUUCACCCUGACUGUUUUGAUGACAGUGUGCUUUGGGUUGUUUUACCUUACUUGAAUGUUGGAAGCAUUUAGGCGUUUGCUUUUAAAUCUGCCUAUGAACCCUAAAUAUGGUAAAACCGGAGAUUGUCAGCCGCCCAGUAUGAAACACUUGUGUUGUGUUGUUGUUGUUGGUGGAGGUUUUUUUGGGGAGGUGGAGAGGAAAGGGUCAAAACUUUUCCAGACAAGACGUGGAGAUUUCGGUAGCCUCAUUAUGCGUGGCUUAAGUCCUCUCUGGUUUACUGCGAUUUUUUACCUAAAAAAUCUUCAAUCAAGUGUUUUGUUUACCCUCAAACUCCACUGACAGACAUUUUGACAUAGUUUCCGGGAGAUGGAAACCUCACGAGGUUGUGUUGCUUUUUUUAAAUAGCUCCCUAGACUUGGAAUGUGAAUGUGAGAGAGAAUACAGCUCGUGUUUGGGAGGAAACAAUAAAUCCACCAUUCAUACUAUAUAAAAGCGUGUAUAGAUUUUCUUUUUUAAUUUUUUUUUUUUUUUGUAUACAUUAUCAAAAUCAUUUUCAGCUGGACUUAUGUAUUGGCUGCUAUGUAAUUCAUGAACAAAACAUAGGUUAGAAUUAAUAUUUAAAGAAAAAAGAUUGUAUAGUAUAUUUGUUUUGUAACAAGUUUCUGUAAAUAAAAUAAUUUAUACUGCUAUUUA